CCGGCCGGCAGCCGUCCAGAGCGGCCUGCACCCGUGUGCGGUUCUUCGGCGUCCGUGCUCGCUUCUGUCGCCGCUCGCGGCUCCCGGGACCAGUGGUGUGGUGUGGCGUGGCGUGGCGUCUGGUCGCCGGGGUCGCCUGCGUGGCUUUCCUCCUCCUCCUCCUCGGGCGGGCGGGCCCUGGCGGGCCGCGUCGGUGCGGCGAGGUUUCCGUGACGAACCCCUCCCGGGCUUGGCGGUGCCGGUGACGAGCGGGCUCGAGCUCCCGGUGGGACGUGCUCGGACUCCCGGCAGCUGCGGGGCGCGGAUCUCGGAGCCGGUGAGGCAUGCCUGCCGUGCGGCGGGCUCUGGCCGCGAGCUCCGGCUCCUGAAGGACGUCGCUCUCCCCAUCGGACACUGUCCAUUCAUCUUGCAGCGGCCACGCGGGCUCGGUCCCCCAGCUCGCCAUCGGGCUGUCCAGUCUCCUUCCCUCGUCGUCCUUUCCUCGCUCCGCGGCGGCGGCGGUUCUCCUGCAAGAGGUGGUGUCGGUUAUGAACCUGACCUUCCUCCCUUGAGUCUCUCGGUGUCGGUGCAAAGAAGCGGACGGUCCCCGAGCCGCCCCGGGGAGGAGGAGGAGGAGGAGGAAGAGGAAGAGUGGGGGUGCCAUGGGGGUGAACGCCGUGCACUGGUUCCGAAAGGGGCUCCGGCUCCACGACAACCCCGCCCUCAAGGAGUGCAUCCAGGGCGCCGACACCAUCCGCUGCGUCUACAUCCUCGACCCCUGGUUCGCCGGCUCCUCCAAUGUGGGCAUCAACAGGUGGCGGUUUCUGCUUCAGUGUCUUGAGGAUCUUGAUGCUAAUUUAAGAAAAUUAAAUUCUCGCUUGUUUGUGAUUCGUGGACAACCAGCUGAUGUGUUUCCUAGACUUUUCAAGGAAUGGAACAUUACUAAACUUUCGAUCGAGUAUGAUUCUGAGCCAUUUGGAAAGGAACGAGAUGCAGCUAUUAAGAAACUGGCUACUGAAGCUGGAGUGGAAGUCAUUGUACGAAUUUCACAUACCUUAUAUGACUUAGACAAGAUCAUAGAACUCAAUGGUGGACAACCUCCUUUAACUUAUAAGAGAUUUCAGACUCUCAUCAGCAAAAUGGAACCAUUAGAGAUACCAGUAGAGACAAUUACUUCAGAAAUAAUAGAAAAGUGCACAACUCCUCUGUCUGAUGACCAUGAUGAGAAAUACGGAGUUCCUUCACUGGAAGAGCUAGGGUUUGAUACAGAUGGUUUGUCCUCCGCUGUGUGGCCUGGAGGAGAAACAGAAGCGCUCACACGUUUGGAAAGACAUUUGGAAAGAAAAGCUUGGGUGGCAAAUUUUGAAAGACCUCGGAUGAAUGCAAAUUCCCUGCUUGCAAGCCCCACUGGACUCAGUCCUUAUCUUCGAUUUGGUUGUUUGUCGUGUCGCCUGUUUUAUUUCAAACUAACAGAUCUCUACAAAAAGGUGAAGAAAAACAGUUCCCCACCCCUUUCUCUUUAUGGGCAACUACUAUGGCGUGAAUUUUUCUAUACAGCAGCGACAAAUAACCCCCGCUUUGAUAAAAUGGAAGGAAACCCCAUCUGUGUUCAGAUCCCUUGGGAUAAGAAUCCCGAGGCCUUAGCCAAGUGGGCAGAAGGCCGGACAGGCUUUCCGUGGAUUGAUGCCAUCAUGACACAGCUUCGUCAGGAAGGCUGGAUUCACCAUUUAGCUAGGCAUGCAGUUGCUUGCUUUCUGACAAGAGGUGACUUAUGGAUUAGUUGGGAAGAAGGAAUGAAGGUGUUUGAAGAGCUGCUGCUUGAUGCUGACUGGAGCAUAAAUGCUGGAAGUUGGAUGUGGCUGUCUUGUAGUUCCUUUUUCCAGCAGUUUUUUCACUGCUAUUGCCCUGUCGGUUUUGGUAGGAGGACAGAUCCCAAUGGAGACUAUAUCAGGCGUUAUUUGCCUGUCCUAAGAGGCUUUCCUGCAAAAUAUAUCUAUGAUCCCUGGAAUGCACCAGAAGGCAUCCAGAAGGUAGCUAAGUGUUUGAUAGGAGUUAACUAUCCCAAGCCAAUGGUGAACCAUGCCGAGGCAAGCCGUUUGAAUAUUGAAAGGAUGAAGCAGAUCUACCAGCAGCUCUCCCGAUACAGAGGGCUAGGUCUUCUUGCAUCAGUGCCUUCCAAUCCUAAUGGCAAUGGAGGCCUCAUGGGGUUUACUUCUGGAGAAAAUGUCCCAGGCUGUAGCAGUGGUGGAAGUUGCUCUCAAGGGAGUGGCAUUUUACAUUAUGCUCAUGGAGACAGUCAGCAAACACACCCGCUAAAGCAAGGAAGAAGUGCCCUGGCCGCGGGUCUCAGCAGUGGGAAGCGCCCCAGUCAGGAAGAAGACUCGCAGAGCGUUGGGCCGAAAGUCCAGAGACAGAGCACUAACUGAUGUGAAAACAAUCAGGACGAACUGUUGCAGCUGAAAUUGGUGGGAAAUGAAAUACUUUUCAUUUAAAUUAUUUUAAGAUGUUCUUCAUUGAUGAAAAGCAGUUACAUUUUGACUGUGUUAUUUCUAAUAACAUUUCUGUGGUUUUUAACUUUUUAUGAAUUCAAUGUGGGACAAGUGGUAAUUUGUAUAUAAAGAACUUGGUUAAAGAAUUUGCUUAAUGUAAAUACAGUCAUGUUUAGUAUAGACCCUUCAGUAUAUUUUUGAUAAAUUUUCAUGUAUGGUUAAAGUUACAAACUGAUACUCUGAUAUAAAACUCAAAGUUUUGAGAGUCAGUGCAGGAAAAUAGGAGGUUUUUAGACUUUCUAAAAAGACUUUGUUAAAAUUUUAGGACAAAAUUUUCUUGACAUCAUUGUUUGACCUAAUUUUGCACUCUUUGAUAACAAUGCUUUAGAAAAUGUGUGUAGUCACAGUUAAGUGUAGCCUCUGUUAACGUGUACUAUGUAUGUUUAAAGUUUCAUGUACGCCUGUUUUAACCUAAGCUUGUGGAUCAUGUGUUAAGUUCUCUUUGCCUCCCUUUUCUUGUCGUUCAUUUAAAACUAAAGUGACUUUGUUAUUAAAGUAUAUGAAAAUAUGGAAA